GGUCUUGUUAUAAUUAUUUUGGAGCACGAACCAGUACUGGCAGUAGGCAGUACCUGGCAGAGCAGGAUAGCCACCGGCUCGGGAACGGAACGAAUAUCGAUGGCAGAAGCUACUGGUGCAUUUCAGUUAUUGUAGUACGACUGGCUGAAGAGACUUACUGCAAGAUGGGAUCCAAACCCAACUUCAUGCAACUCCUGUUGCUUUGUUUGCCUGUGGCUGCUGUCAUUGGACUGUUCGUGCCUGGAUACUCACUUUUGUUUUUUUGGGCAGUUACAGCUGAAAUCGCUGCCUGCGGACUGGAUUUCUUCAGUUGGCUCAGAUCUUCCAGAAGGAAGAAGCAGAAGUCAUCGGCUCUGAACAAGAAAGAGUUUACUUGGGAGGAAGUCAGUGAACACAACUCUGCAGACUCAGCUUGGGUGUCUGUUCAUGGUCUCGUUUACGACAUUACAAACUUUGUUCAAUCUCAUCCGGGUGGAAAGGAAUUCAUCUUGCUAGCUGCCGGCAGGGAUGCGACGGAUGCGUUUGAGUCAUAUCAUCCAUUCACCGACAAGCCCAAGCGCGUGCUGGCCAAGUAUGAAAUUGGAAAACUCGUGACGUUUGAGCAUCCCAGUUUUUUGCCUGAUUCUGGCUUCUACCAGGAGUGUCGUGAUGCAGUGCGUAGCUACUUUGAGCGCACGGGCAAGGACCACAAGGCUCCUUUUGCUGGAUUGUGGCGGAUGUCCUUUAUCUAUAUGGCUGGCAUGGCAGCUUACACCAUCAGUUAUGUAAUGGGGCACUCAAUGCCUAUGGUAGUUCGCCUUGCAGGCGCCAUUGUUCUUGGAAUUGCGCAAGGACUUCCACUGACACACUGGAUGCACGAUGCAUCGCACGGCUCCAUAGGUCACACGGAAUGGUGGUGGUGGACUUGCGGUCGGCUCAGCCUUGAUUGGAUUAGCGGCUCGAGCAUGGUAGCAUGGCGAAACCAGCAUGUCAUCGGCCACCAUAUUUACACAAAUGUUCUUGGCUCUGAUCCGGAUUUGCCUGUCAGCCUGGAAGGUGAUCCACGGCGUCUUGUUCCGGCGCAGGUGUGGAAAGCUCUAUACAAGCUACAGCAUCUCUACUUGCCACCACUGUACGGUGUGCUGUCACUAAAGAGUCGAAUUCAGGACGUUUUAGAGGUAUUUGGCAAACACUGGAACGGUCCCAUCCGCGUCAACCCCAUCUCCAUGCAGGAUGUGCUCCGACAGUUUGGUAGCAAGACGUUCUGGCUGUUCUAUCGCCUUGCAGUACCUUACUUCGUUCUGAAUGUUCCCCUGCUGGCGCUUAUCCCCCUCUUCAUUGUCACUGAGUUCACCACUGGCUAUUGGCUAGCUUUCAAUUUCCAAGUGUCUCAUAUCUCACAGGACGUCGAUUACUUUGUGAAGAAAUCAGCGGACGGUAAAGCGCAUGUGAUCGAUGAAGAAUGGGCCAAACUGCAGGUCAAGACCAGUGUGGAUUACUCGCAUGGUAGUGUCUGGAACACAUUCUUCUCCGGUGCUUUGAACUACCAGACUGUGCAUCACUUGUUCCCGUCCGUGUCCCAAUACCACUAUCCUGAUAUAGCACCUAUCAUUCUGGACAUCUGCAAAAAGCACAGCAUCAAGUACAACUGCCUUCCCACAUUCUCAAGUGCAUUCAAGGCACAUAUUGAUCAUCUUUAUGACAUGGGUGUCCAAGGCAAGGCCGUGCCGCUGAAGCUUGAAUGACCGUACCUCCUUCCUGAGAUAAUGCAUGCUGGAAUAAGUUCGAUUAUAGCUCUAGGGUUUUGCAGAGAUAUUAUAUUUAUAAAUAGUUCCAAGUACAAUCACCGCUCCUGCCAGAGGUCUGUCAUUCUGUGGCCGAGGAAAAGUCUGUCGGAUUCGUUGUCUUCUGUUCAUUCCAAAGAUCUAGGACAAAGGACCAUGUUUUGGGGGCGUUGCGCACAUGACCGCCCGCGCCAGCACCAAGCAUGCAUAUGUAGUGCUCUAAACUGUCUGGAAUGUUUCUUUGUUGUUGUUCCACAAUAAGUCAUUUGUGCAGGGGCGAAAUUGCACGCUGCAUUCUUCUUCGUUUCCGCACAUUUUGUGUGGAUUGGAUUUUGCUGCUUUGACGUGGUCUAUUUAGUAUUAUUAUUAUAAAUCCACACCACAAGCAAUGUGGCGUUUUAAUGUCCUACACGGCUACCUAUAUCACAUUUCGAAUGAAGUAUCUCUACUUGGCUUGA